AAUUAUAUCGGGCGAGGGGCAGCUUCUUUCCUUCCUGGUGGGGUUUGAGGAUGAAAGGAGGCGGGGGUAAGCAGCUGAAUGAUGUCAGAUACGGGAAACAGGAAUUGAAAGUGAAAGCAGAAAAAGAACGGAGCAGUGAUCGGAAGCCAUUCGGCUAGGAAAGGAGCCACUGCUGGGAGUGUGUUUCAGGUGAGGACCCACUCGUCUCCUGGAAGGACCAUGGAUCUUAAACCCAUUGAGAUGCCGACUCUGGGGCGUCCCCUGCAACUGGGGAUGCUGUACGACUGCCGAGAUGACAGCUUUGUCCCAGGCUUUACAUUAUGGAACAUCAAUGACACAGAAAAGGACAUGCACUCCCAGGCGCAGCACCGGACGGAAUUCCAGGUCAUCGCCUCCGACUCCCUGGAAGACAAGUCCAGCGCUCUCAACGUCCACGCCUCUCUGAAGGCGAGUUUCAUGGCGGGGCUGGUCGAGGUGGGAGGAUCGGCCAGUUACAUGGAUGACACCAAGAAAUCCAAGCACCAGGCCCGGGUCACGCUCCACUACUCCACUACCACCCACUUCAAGCAGCUGACGAUGAAGCACUUGGGUUGGCAGAAUGUCAUGUAUCCGGAAGUGUUCGAGCAGGGCACCGCCACCCACGUGGUGACCGGAAUCCUGUUCGGGGCUCAGGCUUUUUUCGUGUUUGACCGGGAAUUCUCUUCCUCAGAGAAUGAACAGGACAUACAGGGAAGCCUGAGCAUCUCCAUACGAAAGAUCCCUAUGGUGAGCAUCGAAGGGGAAGGAACCCUCCAAAUGAAAGAUGAAGAAAAGAAGAAAGUGGAGAAGUUCAACUGCACGUUCUACGGGGACUUUGCCCUGGAGAAGAAUCCAAUAACGUACACCGAGGCCGUAAAGGUCUACUCCUCCCUCCCCAGACUGCUCGGGGCCAAUGGGGAGAAGGCUGUCCCCUUGAGAGUGUGGUUAUACCCACUGGCGAAGCUGGAUUCCAAAGCGGCCAGGUUGGUCCGAGAGAUCAGUAGCAUGUUGGUGAGCGACGCGCAGGCCGUGCUGGAGGGGCUGACGGAUUGUUUCAUCAGGUGCAACGACAUGUUGGCCACCAAGGCGGCAAAGUUCCCUGCCGUCGGAGAGAAGAUCAAGAGGUUUCGUGAACUGUGCCAGAAAUUCAAACACAGGUUCCAGAAAGAUUUAUCGGUGACCCUGCCCAAGAUCCGAGGAGGGGGGGCGGGGGAAGAGAUCCUGGCCAACGUGUUGACCGCAAGAGGUGAUUCUCCGUUCAACCAAACGAGCCUCAACCAGUUUCUGGAUCGGAGCGAAGCAGAGAUCAACUUUAUAGAUUCCUACCUGUCUCUGUUGGACCGGGUGGACAUCGUCAGUUCCGAGAACAAGCGGGCUCAGAUGAUCUGCGACCCCCAGAUCGACGUGCUGGUCUCGUUCACCCUCACCUCGAUAGAGAAAGAGGACCCGUAUCUGUCGGAGUUGGAUCGCUGGCUUCGCAACAAGAAAGUAGAGGAAGCUGAGCAGACAGACUCUGCCCAUGAAGGAGUGAACUCAUCACUGUGGUUCAAGCAGGAUGAAAUUCAGGGGAGAUUGCGGAAAUUGGUCGUGGCCUUCUCUAAAUUUGCAGAAGGCAACGAAUCCCAGAGCAAGAUUCGGUUCAUCGUGGCUGCUGUCUCAGACAAAAACAAUCCAGGAGCUUCAAUUUACUUGCACAUAGAAGGAGUCCUGGCCAGCAGGAAUUUCGAGCCCCCGGCCUGCCCUCCCUUCCCCCAGAUCGAGGCGAUCCGAUCGAACCGAAUACAGCUAAGACUGUCCACAGCCGGAGGGGGAAGAGAAGGGGUAAAGAGCUAUUGUGUCGAAUACAGAUCUGGAGAUUCUAAGUGGACCUCUAUGAUCGUGGAUGGGAAACAAGAGAAGAUUGAAAUAAAUAAUUUAAAGUAUGAUACCAACUAUGAGUUCAGGUUCGCUGAUGUGUACGAGUCAUGGAGGAGCCAGAGGAUCAAUAAGCGUGUGACGACCCUACCGAUAGGGCCUCCCGAGGAUUUUUCAGCAGCUCUCAGGGGACGAGAGACUGUGUCCCUCAGCUGGAAGUGUCCAAAGGAAAACGUGAACAUGGUCACUGGGUAUAAGGUGGAGUACAGACAGGAGGCUGAAGGAGCCAAUGAGGCUGAGGAAAGUGACUGGCAAAAACUGAUGACAGGAAAGGACACGGAGAUCUAUACAAUCAAUGAACUAGGACGUGAGAAGUUCUACAGGUUCCGGGUGUCAGCUGUGUGUGGGGCCAAAGGUGCUGGUGACCCCAGUAAGGAGUGUCCAAUCUUGACCAAAGGCACCGGUGUCACCAGGAAGGCAUUUCCAAUCCCCACCAAGAGAGAAAAAGAGACGCUCACGCUGGAUCCAGAAACAGCCAACGAAUACCUGUGCCUGUCCUGGGACAAAAAAUCUGUGGAAUGGAUCAUACCACCACAGAAGGUGUCCCAGAAUCACAAGAGAUUUGUAGGGGAAGCCUAUGUGCUGGGCUCCACUGGCUUCAAUUCGGGCCAGCACUACUGGGAGGUGGAGGUGGAAGGGAAGGGACUAUGCAAGAUUGGGGUGGCCGCGGAGUCUGUGGAGAGGAAGAGUAACCAGGCCCAUCAGGAGACCAUUUGGAGUCUGACUAUUUGCACCCCUUACCACGUGCUCAUUGAUAACGAACCUCACCGAAACAUAGAAGUCCCAUGCAUCGUGGGGGUCUUACUCGAUUUCCCUGGGGGGCAGGUGACUUUCUUUAAUGCAGAAACCCAGCAAGAGAUCCACGCUUACCGCACAUCUUUCAAAGAGAAAAUCUUCCCUUUUUUGGGGUUUCUGGGACUGGGAUCCCGGCUGACCCUGAGACCCUGAGUCACUCUCUUAGUAAUGGCAUUUGUUAUUGGUUUUUAUUAAGUGCUUACUAUGUGCCGAGCACUCUUCUAAGCCUUGGGGUAGAUACAAUAUAAUCAGGUUGUCCCGUUUGGGGUGCGUAGUCUUCAUCCCCAUUUUACAGAUGAGGUUACGGAGGUACAGAGAUGUUAAGUGGCUUGCCUAAGGUCACACAGUGGAGAAGUGGCGGUGGCGGGAUUAGAACCCACAUCCUCUGACUCCCAAGCCCUUGCUCUUUCCACUAAGCCACACUGCUUCUCUGCCGUUGUUGCUAAUGGUAUUUGCUAAGCGCUUACUAUGAGCCAAACACUAUUCGUCAAAUGCUUAGUACCUGCCAAGCACUGUACUAAGCCCUGAUGUAGGUCAAAGAGAAUCAGUUUGGAUACAGUUCCUGUCCCACGUGGGGCACACAGUCUGAUUCUUCCUCUCUGCUGCUCUCCGGUUCACCAGAGACACAGAUUGGGAACCCGUAUGCGGAUUCAUCCUGAAAUCUAAUGUGGGUAACUCAAAAUGGGAGAGAGUUUUGGCAGAGGUGUGCUGAAAGAUGUUUAAGAAAGAUGAUGUGGCAGAGUGUAGUGUUGCCUGAAGGGGGAAAGGCUGGAGACAGGAGACCAGAAAGGAGGUUAGCAAUUUAAAAAAAUUAAAACGAAAAAAUAAUACAAUCUAGUUGGGAGUGGAAAGGAAUGGGUAAAUUUGUGAAAUAUUCUGGAGGAAAAAUCGGUGGACUUUUACUCUUCUGGGAAGCAGCAAGCUCUCACCCACUUCCCACAAAUAAACUGGAUUUCCCCUCUUCUUCCCCCCACCCACACUCUUUCCAGGAUCCGAGCCUUCAGCCUUAGACUGUAAACUCCUUGUGGGGAGGGAGUAUGUCUACCAACUCAGAUAGAGUGUACUCUCCCAAGUGCUUAGUACAGUGUUCUGCUCACAAACAAAUACUCAAUAAAUAAAAUUGAUUGAUUGAUCAAUUGA